AUGAUGUUUACUCAACAUUUGAGCUAUAGAGAAGAAAGAAAAAAAAGAUUGAAACUUAAAAAAGACCAAAAUAUUAAAAUAGCAAGGGAGAAGAUCCUAGCCGUUUAAAUAUUGCUGGUGUCUCCGUAAGAUUGAAUCUUAGCCAUUGAGUCUAAUUUCUUAAACCAACCGGUUGAUUUCGAUUUGUCUUCUAGUUCUACUACAUAUCUCGCGAGUGGAGAGGAGGAAACAUGGCGGAUUCCAGAUAGACUUACCAGCUCCUACUAUCAUAGCAAAGAUCAUUUUGAUUUUAAAUCCACAAUCCGCGAUGCUGCUAACACUAAAGCCCUUUGUGCCCAUCACACCAAAGCCUCGUUAUUCAUACAUCAUUCCUCAUCACCAUCAUCAUGUUAGUUUCUGCAAAUCCCCGUUAAAGCUCAGAACGUAUGCCCAAAAUGGCGGUGGCAAUAAGGAGUCUUCUGGUGGUGGUAACAGACCGGUUAGUAACGAUGAUGGUGAUGCUCCCGAGAAAGAUGGAUUCCCUGGUUUCAGUUUCCGGUUGGGGGAUCUACUGAAGCCGGAUCAAGAUAACUUUGCGGCCGUUGGAUUAGCUGGAGUACUGACAUGGGCUAGCCUUCAAGUCUUAUCCCAGCUCUUCUUCAUCUCUUUUGCUAUCCUUGUCGCUGCUCUCAAGUAUUCUUUCAUCGCUGCUCUUCUCAUUUUCAUUCUCGUCACUCUCCUCUAGCUCUCUUGUAAUGGCACGGAUUGUAGAGUCUAUACUAGCUCUUGCUACCAUUGCUCUUUUUCUAGUGAUUGAUUUGAACACUUAGUAAAAACUAAAAA